AUGAAAUAAAAAGAAAUUAAACUUGUUUAUGAAAAAACUAAUGAAACAUAUUAGUGGUAACUUAUGCCUUUAGAUUAAUUCAUUCAAGAAGUUAGUCAGGUCUUCAAUAUUCAAAUAGGCACAUUUUAUGUUUUUUCCUAAGAUAAACGAAUUGAGAUUAGAAAUACUGAAGAAUUAUACUGGUAUGGGUAAAGUGGUGGAAUUUUAAUUACAGAAAAUCAAGGGUUUUAAAAUAGAAUAUACACUCCAGUCCCUAAUUUGAAUUUAAGUCAAAUUCAGAAUCAAAAGCAAUAUUCAAUAGUUAGAAAAACCUAGGAAAUUAAAAAGAGACUCAAUCAAACAAUUAAGUUAAUGAAGGAGACUUAAUCUAAUGUGACGUAUCGAAGCUUGUCUCCAAAAGAAAGUUGGAAAUGCCUAUAAGAAAAGACAAAAUAGUUAUAAGAACAGACUCAAUAAUUCAAUAGUAGGUAAGAGGAAUUGCAAUAGGAAUCCGAGAAGUAAGCAUUCAUUAUUAUAAAAGCUUAUUAAAAGAAAUUUUAGAGGUUUAAAAUGAAUAUGUUAUGUAUAGCAAACGUAAUGAUGGCCUACAGAAAUCUAUCAAUUAACUUUAAAUGUUAUUGAAAUUAUAGAAAAAAUAAAUCAACCAAAUCAAAAUGAGAUAUCCUGCAAUAGAUUUAGAUUCUUAUGUUAGUUCAAUUAAGUAUUAAAGUAAUUUAAAGGAUACUUUAUUGAACUAUCUUCAAGUGUUGUAACAAAUGAUUUUAAAAGGAGAGGGUAAGAAUAACUUUAAAACUACUUUUAAUUAAAAUGAAACAAUACUUUGUCUACAGCAAAUCAUCAAAGAAAUAAAGAAAAUUUGA